UAAAAUGCCCUGGCACGGGCAUACGUAGUCGUCGGUCCGCCAUUACGACGCAGCCGAGACACGUUUGUCGUAUUUAGUUAAAUAUUUUCGUUUAUAAAUGAGUAAUAACGCUCAUGAACUAAGUAAUCGACUUCUGAAUGCGUUGGAUAACAAUUACAAUGUUGUCGACAUGCAUGCCGUUAACGAAAUCAUAUCCAUAUUGGAGAAAAUCAAUAUUACAAAAGAGCUGUUGGAGACCACCCGACUGGGCAAGCACGUGAACGAGCUACGCCGGAAGACCUCUGAGCCGACGCUCGCGCGCCGCGCCAAGGUGCUCGUGAAGCGAUGGCGCGACCUCGUCAUACCUGCCGCCGCCUCGCCCCACCAUGCCGGCUCGAACCGGUCGUCAGCGGAGCGCACGAUGCGGCGUCUCGGCGGUACGCCUAUCACCUCCCCGGCCUUCGCCCGGCAAGUAGUAAGCCCGGCUGUGCCCAGUCCUCGUCCCCCCUCCAGACCUGCGUGGGGCGGCUACGAGUCAGAUUCACAGGACGUGAUCCUCGUGGACGACGACCCGCCGCCCGCGCCCGCGCCCGCUCCCGCGCCCGCUCCCGCUCCCGCGCCCGCGCCCGCUGCCGCGUCCGCUCCCGCGCCGUCCCCGCUCACGCUCACGCACAAGACGGCUUCGCCUGCGAAAAGGCCGCUGUCUCCUGAAACGCCAAUCGAUGACAAGAAAGCAAAACGAGACAAAAAACCUAAGAAACGAAGAGGUCACAGCCGCGCCGGAUCCGGCACGGAGGCGGCGCCGGGCGGCGUGACCAUCCCCGCGCCCGGCACGCAGGGCGCCUGGCUCGGCCGCAACGGCCAUCCCAACAAGAAGAAUGGCGUGCGGAGCUCCUUGGACCCCUACGCUGCGCUGGUUAACAGGAUGCCUCCUGCGGGGGCUAAGAAGGUGAAAACGACUAAGGAGCUGCUGGCGCAGAUCCAGUCCCGCGGCUCCGCGCCGCGCUCGCCCUCCCCCGGCUCGCCCGCCUCGCCCGACGUGCUGCUCAUAGAGCCCGAUGAACCGAGUCCGGUCAGGCCUUUCCGGCGUCGUCGCCGCUCCUCGCAACGGCGCCCGCUCUCCCCCUCCCCCUCCCCCGCGCCCGCGUCGCCCCCCGCGCCGCUCGAGGACCCGCGGGAGCUGCGCGAGUGCACGUGCGGGGACGAGCCCGAGCACGCCUGCCCCGCGGCCGUGCGGCCCGAGGUGCUACCCGUGCACGUGCACGCGCUGCACCACGUGUACCUCCCCGGCAUCAACGGCACGCGCGCGCCCCUCCACCCGCACCAGUUCGCCGUGCGCAAGCUCGCCGACCCCGCGCGCCCCGCCCUCUUCACCUCCGUCGUGCCGCUCUACAACUACUCCGACUACGCCGACGACUACUGCGUCAAGAACAUGUCGCGCGUGCCGCUCUGCACGCACCUGCCCUGGACGGAGUUCGCGCCUGCGCCGCCCGACCCGGCCCCGGCACCGGAUCCGCCCCCUAUCCGGCCCUACCCCGUCGACGAUAGUCCCGAAGUCAAAACGGAGGUCAAAGAUGAGGAGGAGAAGAGUCAGGAUAUGGAGGUGGACGCGGCGGAGGAAGUGAAAGUGGAGCCUAGUGAACGUUUGAAACCGACCGACGGGACGGUGUUAAAAGUGAAGUGCGAGAGUGCCGCUGACGUGCCGGACGAGUUCGCGAGCGAGCAGAAAGAUCACAGGACCGUGGAGAAGACGAAAAGUGAGCUCGACGGCCGGGCUUUAUACGAUCAGUGUCAGAGUGCGCUGCGGUCUAUAGAGUACGAGUACGGGCAGACGUUCGCCGCGCCCACGGUGACGCUCCCCGAGCAGGCGGCCGAGGUGAGUGACGCGCUCGAGUCGGCUCUCUCCGCCGCCGCCGAGGCGACCGAGCGAGACGACCGAGGCAGGCCGUCCCGCUCGGGCGCGUUCGCCGAGUGGCACGAGUGCGCCAGGCUCGGCGAGCUGAUCGCCCUCCCGUACGUGGUGAUCGACUGA